GGAGUCGACGCCUUUUGCAAAAGUGCGCGCAUCUCUGCUUCGCAAGCCGCGCGCAUCUCCGAGACCCCGCGGGCGCUAGGACCGCGCCGCCUCCUGCCGGCUGCAGCCAGCGCUGGGUAUAAAUGCAGGGCAGGCGGGCAUGUGGGUCUGUUUGCAGUUUGCAUGAGGAUAAACCAGCCUGGGAGGGAGCCCAAAGUGGGGGGGCUUGCAAGAGCCUUGCUGGGCCCGCGCCGUGCUGCGUAACGGGCGCUGCGGACUCCCGGGCGCGCCCAGCCUCUCCAAAUCCCCCGGACCCGGCAGCGGAGUUAAAGACCCCAGACGUAGAGGAGGAGGAGGAGGUCCUGGUUUCUUUGCUGCAAGAAGGAAGAGAAAGGAGAGGCACGUGGUCGGUGUGCAGAGAAGAGGCGCAGGAUCCUCCUUGCUGGGCGACGGCAGCUUGCAAGAGGGGAGCGGCCCCCCAAAAACCCCUUGCAACCCACCAGCUGCAGCCCUUCGGUGCGCGGAGGCAAGAGGCGGAAGGGUGAGCAGGAUUGCAAGCCGCGGCCAGGUUAAUGGCAGCUGCGCCUUGCAGCAAGAGGUUUAAUUGCGAUUUAAAAGGAGAGGAAGGUGCGUUUGGGCGCGCGCCUGUGUGUUUGCGGGUGGAGCGGGGUGGAGAGAGAGAGAGAGAUGGGGAAAAAAUCCCUGGUUUGGUAAACCCCGCACUCCUCCCCAGCCCUUUUUAUAAAAUUUGUUUUUCCUGCUUGGCUAGAGGCGGCUGCAGAAGCGGCUCGCAAGUUGUUGUUUUUUUGGCCGCCCUAGAUUUUUCUCCUCCUCUGCUGGUUCUUCUUGGGUGACCAUUGGAGCGCGCGCGCCCCUCCUCUCUCUGGAAAAAGGUUUGGGAGCGAAUCGGAGGCUUGACUUGUUUAUUUAUUGAAAAGCCAGCUGCGUUUUCUGCGCUUGAAAAGCCAGCUUUCCCUAUUCCCCCCACCCCCCCCCCGCUCUUGCAAAACACUUGGCAAAAAUAAAAAAAAAGUCGCCCCUCUCCGCGCAUGUGUGUCAAACUGGCCAAUUCUACCCCCGCGCCCGCCUUUCACCCACUUUUGUAGUUUCGGAAUGCGUUCCUCGGGAAACCUCAUCUUGCAGGUUUAAAGGCGACUUUUAUUUUCAGUUCACGUGUAUAUGUGUCACUUGAGUACGUCGGGAGUCGCCGUAUGUGUUUGCUUCUCUGGGGUCCCUCAGCCCUGUUAUCAAUCGCUCCUGUUUUCCUUGCUUAGAGCUCAGAGCCGCCUCUAACACGGUGGUUCCAACACCUAUUUUUUAUUCAGUGGAAGAAAUUUUUUUGUUUGUUUUUCUGCGUUAGAGAAAGGGGGCAGCCAGAAAUUUGCAAACUUGCACUAAGCUCUGAAGUUUGCCACACAAUCCCAAAUUUUGCCAACGAUUGCGGUUGACAUUUUUUCCCCUUUGGAGCAGAUGUUCCCUGUUAAAGUUCCCUUUCGAUUUGCAGUGUUGAGAUGAUGCAAAAACCCCUCUAGACGUUCUCUGCUGGGCUGGGGGGGGGUGCCUAGAAAGCACAUUAAAAUGUUCUCCCCCCACGGCAAGCCCAGGUUAAUGAGAGACCCAGAAACAUUCCUCCUGGCCAGUCAAGGGACCACAUGACCUGAUUCCAUUCCUUCCUUAUUACCAUCCCAUUAAUAAUAAUAAUAAUAAUAAUGGUAUCUGAAAUACUUUUUUUGCAAUGAAUCCAUUCCCCCCCCCUUUCUUUUAGGGGUGGGAGGCUGAGCGCAAACAUUUUUUAUUUUAUUUAGCAGCUGCUAAGUCCAGAGAGCGCCACACUUGCCAUGGAAAAAACGGCGAUGAUUUAUUUCCCCCUUCCUGCUCUCUCUUCGCAUGUGAUUUUUAUUAGAAUCAAACUGCAAGCGGUAGCUUUUGAAAAAAAGGAGACUUUGUCUGCUGGAAAAGGACUCUCCUUCCAAGGCAAACAAGGGGUUUUUUUUGGCGUGGGGGGAGAAGAUCGUUGCCAAAACUGUCCAGGUUACAAACACGAUUUCGGCGUCGUUGGUUUUCCCCUUCUUCUUUUUUGUAACUUUGCAACUUGGAAGAACUUGGCUGACACACUGUUUUACGUGUGUAUGUUUUCCUCUAGAAAGAAGAAAUGAGCUAAAUCUCGCACCUGGCGUGAGUUGGUGACACCUGAGCCUGAGAGAAGGGAAGCUAUUCUGUGCCAACCUGGUGGGCGGAUGGGUCCUGGAAGCAAUUCGCUGAGGCUCUUUCCGAUUUGCAAGGGAUGACGGCUGCUCCUGGGAUGUGAGCCUUUUCUCUCCGAACCUCUCCGGACAGCUUCAGAAGGACCUUUCGCUCUUCCCGUCGUGCGACACCCCUGAAAGGUGGUCUCUUGUUGGUUGCACGGGCAUGUAGCCGGGCUCCCCCUCCUCAUUCCUUCCCGAAUCGGCCAGCCACUCUUUGUUCGGUGCCCCCUUUGUGCCCUGGGGUCCUCUGGAUGUGGCUUGCCUUGUCCCUGGCACCAAAACUGGCCUCACGUUUUUCUGUGUGCAUAACGUGCCCGAAAUCUGGUACUCGGGGCAUCACAGUGGAUGAUUCUGUGCCAUCUGUCGCUUUAGCAAGAGUCUGUUCUGUUAAUUUCCCCCUCCCGGGCCUUGGCAUGCGCUGGGCAAAGGGCUUCUAGAGUCCCGGCGGCCAUGGACCCCUCCGUGACCGACUCCGCCUUCUCGGACGUCCACCUGUGCGGCUACCUGCGCAAGCAGAAGUCCCACCGCCGGCGCUUCUUCGUCCUGCGGCGCGGCAGCGAGCGAGGCCCCCCUCGCCUGGAAUACUACGAAAACGAGAAGAAGUUCCGGGCGGGGGGCCUCUGCACGCGCCCCAAGAGGACUUACCUGCUGGCCAGCGCCCUCAACGUCAACAAGCGGGCGGACGCCCGGCACAGGCACCUCAUCGUGCUCUACGGGCGCGACGGCACCUUCGGGGUGGCAGCCGAGGACGCGGAACAGCAGCAAGCGUGGUACACAGCACUGGUGGAGCUUCACUCCAAGGGUGAGUGGGAAGGGGGGGUCCACGUUGGCAGGGGGGGUGGCAUGAGAGCAUCGUGGUGGCAUGGCAUGGCGAGGAGCUGCUGUGCCUCUGACCCAUGCCACUCAGCCUGGGCUGCGCUGGGGGGCAAUUCCGGCAUGUGACCCGUGGAGUUAAACUCUGGAACUCCCUGCUGCAGGAUUUGAACGGUCAGUGGCUGCUCUUGAGUUCCUCUCGUGCUCAGAUCCUGCUUGCUGGUUUCUCACAGGCAAUUUUUCAGCCACUGUGGGGACAGGAUGCUGGACUAGAUGCCCCCCCCCCCCGGCCUGAUCCAGCAGGGUUGUUCUGAUGCUGCUGUGGAGCCUCCAGGCCCAGUGGCAGUCUAUCUUGAUUCUUAAUUAUAAGGGGCAUUUGGCCACUGUCAAACAGGAUCCCCAACUGGGUGGGUUCUCCUUACUUUCUUGGAGUAUCUUCAGCCUUUUAAGCCAAACACGCCUUGGGGAGGGGGGAUGUUCUUAAUUUUUUACUAUUUAUUCCUAAGGUGCUGCUGCUGCUGUUCAGCUCAGGCCAUGGCCCACACAGGCUGGCAGCAGUGGCUCUCCAGGAAUUGGCCUUGGGACCUCAAUUCCCCACCAGAAGCGUGGCUUACUUACGCGAGCGAUGCAAUAGGAAGCUUUGUAAUAGGAAGCUUUAUACGGCGCCAGCCAUCGGCUCACCUAGCUCAAUACUGCCUGGUACUGACCGGCAGUCAGUCAGCCAUUGGCCCACCUAGCUCAAUACUGCCUGGUACUGACCGGCAGUCAGUCAGCCAUCGGCCCACCUAGCUCAAUAUUGUCUGGUACUGACCGGCAGUCAGUCAGCCAUCGGCCCACCUAGCUCAAUACUGCCUGGUACUGACUGGCAGUCAGUCAGCCAUUGGCCCACCUAGCUCAAUACUGCCUGGUACUGACUGGCAGUCAGUCAGCCAUCGGCCCACCUAGCUCAACACUGCCUGGUACUGGCUGGCAGUCUUUCCCCUGCCCUCCCUGGAGAUUGAGCCUUCUGCAUGCCAGGCAGGUGUCCUGCCACCGAGCCGCAAACCUUCCCCCUCCAGGCCCGUUGGUGCAUUUACCGCAGUACUGCCUACACAGGUGGGCAGCAGCUCUCUCUGGUUUUGGGUAGACCCAUACUUGAUGAUAACUGCCCGGGGUUGAACUGGGAGCCUUCUGCACGAGUGGCAGAGGCUAUACCCUGCUGAGCUGUGGAGGCUCUACUCCACGAAGCUACCUUCAGUCUGUUUCUUCCUGCAAGCCCACGUUUGCGACCCAAGGGGGGCUUUUCCAGGGCCACCAGCAGAGGCGUGUCUUUGCUUUCCGACCCUUUAAACUGGCGAUUCCGCCGAUGCAGCGGGUUGGACUAGAGGACCUUUGGGAACCCCUUCCAAAUCUAUGGGUUUGUGAUUUCCCCCAGGGGUUCCUGGAGGGGCAGUUUUGUUCCACAAAAACAGUGGUGACGGAGCUUCUGUACGGCACGUGACCUUCUGCAUCUUAAUUCAGAUGCCCAGGCCAGCUUUCCUCAUCCUGGGUGCCCUCCACCUGUUUCGGAGAGACAGUGUGGCGUAGUGGUUAGAGCGCUGGACCUAGGACCUGGGAGUGGCCAGGGUGUGGCCCGGGGGGGGGCAGUCACUCACUCUUAGGCUAGCCUACCUCACAGGGUGGUUGUUUCGAGGCUGAAAUGGGGAGGGCAGGUAUGUACGGGAUAUAAAUGUGAUAAAUCAACUUCUUUGCACGCAGAAAUUUCCCAGUUUGAUCCCAGGAGGGCUGGGAAAGACACACAUCUCUUGCCUGGGGGUCUAUUUUUCUCGCUUCCAGGUGGGAGCAGGUGACAGGGCUAGAGACACGGGGUGCAUUGCAGUGGGGUGGGCUGGAUGACCCCUGGGGGUCCCUCUCAUCUGCACAGUACUGUGAUUCAAUGAGUCUCCUAGCCCAAGAUCAGGGCAGAGACCCUGAUGGUCCUUAGAGGUCCUUUGAGCCCAUUUCACAGAUGGGCAAGCACACAAUCAAACACAUCCUCUGCAGGCCACAGGGUUCGACUAGAUGGCCUCUGGGAGACCCCUACCCACCCUGUAAUGCCGCCACCCCCCGUUUUGUUGUGCUCUGAUCCAGCCUGGUGCCCUCUAGCUUUUUUGGACGACAACUCCCAUCAGCCCCAGCCUGCAGGAGGGUCCCAGGUUAGGGGAAGGCCGCUCUAACCAUUGCACUUUGCUCCCCGGGCCUCUGCAUAACCUUUUUUGUUUACCCCCUGCUAAUUAACCAAGCUAUUUAUUUCCUCCUUGCUCCCAGGGUCUUGUUGCUCUGCAGGCGCCGUUCUUUGGUCAGGGCCAGGGAGGCUGCCAGCCAGUGUAGACAAUAUCCAGCUAGACAGACCUAGAGUCUGUCUCGGCACCAGCUUCCUAUGUCGUCAUUUAAUCCAAAACAAUGAGGGAUAGAACCUUGAUUUGUUCCUAGGGUGCUUGCCUGCACACCUGCUUGGCAUCCAGAAGGCCCCAUGGUUCAUUUCUCGACAGUAUUUCCAGGUACGGCAGGGAGACAGACCCCUUGCCUGAAACCUUGGAGAGCUGCUGCCAGCCAGUGUCUGCACUAUUGAGCUAGGGGGAACCCGAGUGUCUGGCUGGGCAAGGGCUGCAGUUCAGUAGCAGAGCGCUUGCUAGACCUACAGAAGGUUGCAGGAUUCAGUCCUGCACUGCACCCACCCUGGCGAGGUGCAAGCGCAGCUGCCAGCCAGUGCAUGCAAUACUGAGCUCCCCGUGGCUCUCUUGACCUAUCUCAGGAUAAUGGUGUCCCUCUCCUCCCCCCCGGCUUGAGGCUGCUUUGGGAGCAAAGGUUUCCCUGGGACCUUUGGGCUAGAUCUCUGCAGCCCAGCCAGCCGUAUCCUGGCCCAGAAGCGCUUGCAGGCGUGGCGUGCGGAGCCGGCCUGCCAGGGAGGAGGGAACUGGCUGCGGGCAAACCUUGGAACUGGGUCAGGAGGGUCCCGUGCCAAGCGCUGGCCUCUGCGGGUGUGAGCCUGCCCUGAACUUUGCUCCCGACGGGGCGCGCAGGGGUGUCACCCAAACCCCAAACCAUCUCCCCUUGCAAGAAUUAUUCUGGGUUCAAGGCGUGCUUCCUUGCAAAACCUCUUUCCCCUUUUCCAAUUUUGCAGCUUGCGGUGUUGGAGAUGUAUGUUUGUGUGCGCAGCUGGUAUGCGCCGCCUGGUACAUAAUGUUCUCUCUCUCCUCUCCCCCCCAUACUAUUCCUUGGGGGGGGGAAGGCUGAUUUUCCUGGGAGAGAGAGGCAGAGAGGCAGGUCCCAGGACUCCUGGGUUCUCCUGGCACACAGGGAGUUCUGGGUCCAGACCAGCAGUUUCUUUUUUGGGGGGGGCGAGGAGUUACCCCCUCACACACACACCUUGGUCCCACAACCCCAUCCUUAGUGCCCCUUGCAGAAAACCCGUUAUCCUGAGCGGUGCUUUUCCACUUGGCCUGUGAAGGAAGCGAAUGAUAAAACUCAAAAGCGGCAAUGGGUAACUGCGCAUUUAUUAAAAACCCAGCGUGAUUUAAUCGGCCGGGCGAAAGGCGCGAGCGCGACCCAGCUGCAGCCGGCUUUCCAAAGCCUGGUGGUCAUUUUUUUUAAAAAAAAAUAGUUUUUUUAACAUAUCAUUUUCAGCAGCAAUUAAACAUACUUUUACAUCUUGUACGGUUGGUUUUUUUUUUUUACUUCCAUCAAUUGCAUCUGAAAAUUUUCCCAUCUAUUCGCUUCAUAUACAUUUCUUACAUUCAAAUCUCAUAACUAAUAUCUCUGCUCUUUCUCUACUUUGCAAUGUUUCAUAUAUAUUUCUCCGUACAAAACUCCUUGUAGUCCUACUAGCGUGAUUUGUUGACUAUAGUCGCCCUUUAAAUAGUUCGUAUAUUUCUUCCAAUCUUCUGUGAAUCUCUGGUCUUGACGGUUUCGAAUUCUUCCUGUCGUUUUAUCCAAUUCUGCCAUUAAUCAAAUCCAUUAAUCGAAGCCUGGUGCAAUUUGCAAUGUCUGCUGCGACUCAUGCUUUCCAAGAGGGGGGUUGGUCUAGAUGUGCUUUGGGUGCCCCUUCCGACUCUGCACUCCUUGGAUUUUACACCUCCAACGCCCCUUUGCUGCCCCCUUACCUCUUGACACAAUCCCCCUAUUAAAUCCUGUUGUCCCCGCCCCCCCUAUUUUGGGAAGGGGGGGGUCUGUGAUUCACAGCUGGACCUGCAACACCUUUCUCUCUGAGCAUCUUCUGUCCUCUCCCCCCCCCUCGACUUUUCCCCGAACUGUUUAGCUUAAACAUUUGCUCUUUCCCGAACCCCGGAGUUAACCUCAGGUUGGCGAGGGGGGGGCUUUGAAUUAUCCUGCCACAAUCUCCCCGGCAACCGGUCCCUCUCCUUCCUUUCCAGGUGACGCGCGCACGGCGGUUGUUGCCAGGGCGCCCGGCUGUUUUUGGGUCUGUUUACCCGAUUCUCUUUCCAUCCGCCCACUGCCUUCACCUUCUGUGCCCCCCACCAUUGUCCUCCUCCUCCUCCUCCCCCCCCUCCAGCCCACUGAAUAACCAGAGCACUCCUUGCCACAUGGCCAGAUCCUUUCGGCCAGUCCGGGUGGGAUGUGCGGGGUUUCCUGUGGGGUCUGAGUGCGAGAGCAGCUCUCUCCUGCUGCGGUGUCUAGCAGCAGGUCCUCAGAAGCACCGCUGCCCCCCAUUGUGGAGGGCAGAGGAUAGCCCUCGUGGCUUAGUCACCAUCAAAAUUCCUCCGUGAAUUUUGUCCCAUCGUCUUUUAAACCCGUCCAGGUUGGUGGUCACGCCGCCUCCUGUGGCAGGGAGUUCCGCAGUCCAACUGUGCGCUUCCUUUUCUCUGCUCAGGGUCAGUGCGUCUUGCUUUUAACCAGAAGGUUGGUAGUUUGCGGCCACCCAGGGACGGCUGCAGACAGGAUUCCUGCCUUGCUGGAGGGGUUUGAGCUAGAGGACCCUUGGGGACCCCUUCCAACUUGCAGGUCUAUGAUUCAUUGGAGGUUUCUAAGCGCAGGUGGGAUGGCCGUCUGCCCGGGAUUCGACUGCAGUGCCUCUGCUCAUUUCCACGUGGCCUGGACCUGGACUGUCUCCCGCUACUAUGAGCUGGGAUACAAGACCCUGCAUUUCAGGGUUGUGGGUUUGAUCCCCACAUUGGGUGAAAAAUCCCUGCGUUGCAGCGGGUUGGACUAGAUGACCCUUAGACCCCGUUCCAACUCUACAAUCCCGUGGUUGUCCUGAACCCUCCUCCAACACUCAGCUUGGUUGGUGUGCCUUCUGAGUUAGGAGAGAGGAACUUCUCUAUGCACCAUCAUGUAUGCUUUACUUGAGAUUACUGCCUUGCAAGGGGUUGUCCAAAAGACCUUCAGAGGUACUUUCCCCCUGUACAAUUAUUUAUUUGCAGAAUCACAGAAGAGCUGGGAGGGAGACCCCCAAAGGUCAUCCAGCCCAGCCCCCUGCAAGGCAGGAAUUGCAGCUGACUGAACGGCCUCCUUCUCACUCGCCUUUUCCUCUCUCGUUCCCCCCUCGCAGGAAAUGCCCCCCUCGGCCGCGAUUCGGCCUCCUCCCCCCGCCAGCCCUUCAAGGAGGUCUGGCAGGUCAGCCUGCGCCCACGGGGCCUGGGCCACACGCGCAACUUGGCCGGCGUCUACCUCCUCUGCCUGACGGAGAAGACCAUCGACUUUGUCCGGCUGAACUCGGACGUGGCCGCCGUGGUCCUGCAGCUGCUCAGCGUCCGCCGCUGCGGCCACUCGGAGAACUACUUUUUCAUGGAGGUUGGGCGCUCGGCCGCCACGGGGCCCGGCGAGUUGUGGAUGCAGGUGGAGGACCUGGUGGUGGCGCAGAACAUGCACGAGACCAUCCUGGAGGCCAUGAAGGCGCUGAGCGACGACUUCCGGGUCCGUGCCAAGAGCCAGCCGCUGGCCUCCACACCCAUCUCGGUGCCGCCCCGGCGGCAGCACCCGGGGAACCCUCCGGCCGGCCAGGGCACCUUCCUCUGGCGCCCGCGUCCGGAGAGCACCCCUUGCCUUCCCCACGUGCCUGGGGCGCAGAAGGUGCCUGGGCCGCGGAAGCCGAGUUCCCUGAGCGAUUACAGCGCCGUCUCGUCGGAUGAAGGCGGCUCCAGCCCGGGCGAGUGCCGUCCUGCCGGGACGCCCGACCCCCUGGCCUACCUGCUGGUGGGAGGCGAACUAGACUACGUCACCAUGGGCAAGAGGGCAUCGCCAGACAGCGCCUCGUUGGCACGUUGGGCGGCGGAGGCCAACAAGCGGUCCUCUCUGCCCCCGGUGGCGCUGGAGAAGGAGGGUCUGCCACGGAGGAAGCCGCCCGCCGUCUCUGCCAGCUACCCGGAAGGCCUCAACCUCCGCGGCUCCGAUCCUGGCUACAUGGCUAUGUUGCCUGGCGUGCCCACGGAGGACCGCGGUUAUGUGCCCAUGGCGCCGGGCAGCGCCUCCCCGUCCCGCGAGCGAGGAGGCUACAUGCUGAUGUCCCCCAGCGGCGGCAGCUCCCCGGACGGCGCGGCCCGGUGGGCGAAAUCCCCCGGCGGCGGCGACUACAUGGAUAUGUCGUCCGCCAGUCACUCGGCUUCCAGCACCCCACCGGAGCGCAGCCCCCUGCCCGGCGGUGCCCCUUUCUUCUCCCUGCCCCGCUCCUUCAAGCACAUCCCGGAGGCCGCACUGCGCCCUUUUGACCCCCGCCACCUCUCCGGGUCCUCGUCCACCAGCUCUGACAGCCUGGAGGAGGCGGGUGGACACCCGCGGACCCUGUUUGCCUGCCGGGAAGUGGCAGCGCCGCCCCGCAGCGCUGGCGAGUACGUCAGCAUCGAGUUCGGGUCCUGGGCGGCUGCAGACUACAUCAACAUGUCGGCCGGGGCUGCGCCAGAGGGACUCGCCCCGUCGGCAUCUGACAACUACGCCGAGAUGGCACCCGGGACCCGACUGGUACGUGCCCGCUCGCAAGGGAGGAGGCGGCACUGCUCCGAGACGUUCCCCGAGGCGGAGAGGAAUGGGGUGGGGCCCCAGGCCGGAGAGGCGCAAGUCGAGCCAGGCCUGAACUACAUCGACUUGGACCUGGCGAAUGAGGCGGCGCCUGUCCUGCGGCUGCCAGCGGUGCCCGCCCCGGCUGGGGUGAUCCACAGCUAUGCCAGCAUCGACUUCCACCGCUCUGGGGAGCUGCGGGGGCAGAAGGCGAGCUCAGAGGGGGCAGGUGAGUGGUGUUGGUGGGAAGGUGGGGCAGGUACCUGGUUUUCAACAACAUGUCUGUAUCACCAGCUGAACAUCGCAAUAUAUUGGUAUACAGUGGUACCUCGGGUUACAUACGCUUCAGGUUACAUACGCUUCAGGUUACAGACUCUGCUAACCCAGAAAUAGUGCUUCGGGUUAAGAACUUUGCUUCAGGAUUAGAACAGAAAUUGGGCUCCAGCAGUGCAGCGGCAGUGGGAGGCCCCAUUAGCUAAAGUGGUGCUUCAGAUUAAGAACAGUUUCAGGUUAAGAACGGACCUCCGGAACGAAUUAAGUACAAAACCAGAGGUACCACUGUACAGUCAUACCUCAGGAUGAAGAUGAGUACGCUUCAGGUUGAGCAUUUUCGGGUUGCGCUCCGCAGUGACCCAGAAGUAACGGAAUGCAUUACUUCUGGGUUUCGCCGCUCACGCAUGCGCAGACGCUCAAAAUGACGUCACACACAUGUGUGGAAGUGGCAAGUCGCGCAGUCGCGUGUUACGUUCGCUUCAGGAUGCGAACGGGGCUCCAGAACGGAUCCCGUUUGCAUCCAGAGGUACCACUGUACAGUGCUACCUUAGUUCUCAAACUUUAUCUGUUCCGGAAGUCCGUUCCAAAACCAAAGCGUUCCAAAACUGAGGUGCGCUUUCCCAUAGAAAGUAAUGCAAAACGGAUUGAUCUGUUCCAGACUUUUAAAAACAACCCCUCAGACAGCAUGAAGUUUACUAUCUAACAAGACCAUUGAUCCAUAAAAUGAAAGCAAUAAACAAUUUACUGUACUAUAAAAUAAAUAAGGCAGUGUUGUGAUGAUAAAAAUUAAACAAAAUUUUUUAUCUGCGCUGAUGAUAGUCAUUGUUCCUCAGUCAUGCAGUCAAUCGACCAGUAGCUGAACUGGGUUCCACACAGUCACAAAAACAAAUUAACCAAAAAAGCCUCAAAAAACAAAAACGCAAAAUAAAUAGUGAAAACAAAAGUGCUGCCAAACUUAAUCCAUCCUGGAAGUCCGUUUGACUUCUGAAAUGUUCAAAAACCAAGGCGCAGCUUCUGAUUUGUGCAGGCGCCCCGGAAACAAUAUCCGACAGCCGCAUUGGACUUUCGGAUUCCAAAUUUUUUUUGAAAACUGGAACACUUCCGGGUUUUCGGGGUUUGGGAACCAGCAAGGCGUUUGAGAACCAAGGUAGCACUGUAUCGCAAUGUCUGAAAUAAGGACAGAGCUACAUAGAGACAUUUGCUGGCUUCACAGUUUCCCCCACUUUGUGGUUUUUGCAAAGCAGACACACAUCAUGAUUUGCAAUAUAUCUCCAGAUCAAAUAUUAGGAAACUGAUAUCGCUAUACUGACUUGAAACCAGUUUUGGAGGAUAUAUGUCGCGCAGACCUGACACACAUCAUGAUUCGUGAUAUAUUGCAAGGUCCAAAACUAUGAAGCCGAUAUCACGAUGUGGACUUCAAACUGGUUUUGGGCGAUCUAUCGAUACAUCUUGUAGCCGUUCUCUGCAGCGUGACAAAGAGGAUUCUUGGGUUGGGGAGCGAGGACGGCUGCAUCCGUUUAAAGUUCGGCCGUUCCGUUUCAUUAUUUGUUCAAUUUCCCUACAUUCGGGGCAGUUCACAGCAUAAAAACACAUAGGUAAAAACACAAAACACGUAAUAAAACUGGGAAUGAAGACACAAACCAAUCAACGCCCCUGGACGCAAAGGAUUCUGGGAGUCGCGCUUUGUGAAAGGGGCUGGGGGUUUUGAGGAGACUCCCUUAAUCCCCUCGCAAACCUGCAAUUCCUCUUCGCUGGGAACCUCAGGGAUGAGAAUACGGGUCUCCUCUUGGCACCCUUAACGAACUACAAUUCCCAGGAUUCUCUGGGGGGGAAGCCGUGUCUGCUUAAAGCUGUGUGAUUCUGCUUUAAAGGCGUGGUGCGGGUGAGGCAUUUAAACAGAGGUUGGGUGGUCACCUGUCACGAGAUUCUUCAGCCGCAAUUUCUGCUUUGCGGAGGGGCGGGUUGGACUAGAUGGCCCCUGGGUGCCCCUUCCAACUUUACAAUUCAGAGAUUCUACGAAACCUGCUGACAGGGAGAGACUCUCCUCUCCGUGGCUGCUCCUCCUCCCGGGUAAACAGGCAGGCUUUUCGCGGAAGCAUUUACUAGGGGCUGUUAAAAGUCUAUUCCUAGCCUGACGGGAUUGAGAAACAUGCAGUGAUUUUUUGGGUUAGGGAGAGAAAGGUCACUGCUGCUCCUAGCUUGGAAGCUCUCCGUGUCCCUAGAGCUGGGGGCAGGCGCUUCUCCUUUGACACUGUGGCUUGGAGGUCCUAUUAUUAUUAUUAUUAUUAUUAUUAUUAUUAUUAAUACCCCACCCAUCUGGCUGGGUUUUCCCAGCCACUCUGGGUGGCUUUCAACAGAAUAUUAAAAUACAAUAAUUAAUAAACAUUAAAAGCUUCCCUAAAUAGGGCUGCUUUCAGAUGUCUUCUAAAAGUUUGAUAGUUGUUUUUCUCUUUGACAUGGGGGGGGGGGCGUUCCACAGGGCGGGUGCCACCACCGAGAAGGCCCUCUGCCUGGUUCCCUGUAACUUGGCUUCUCGCAGGGAGGGAAGCGCCAGAAGGCCCUCGGAGCUGGACCUCAGUGUCCGGGCUGAAUGAUGGGGGUGGAGACGCUCCUUCAGGUCUACUGGGACUUUGAGGCCGUUUAGGGCUUUCAAGGUCAACACCAACACUUUGAAUUGUGCUUGGAAACGUACUGGGAGCCAAUGUAAGUCUUUCAGGACUGGUGUUAUGUGUUCUCCCAGUCACCAGUCUAGCUGCUGCAUUCUGGAUUAGUUAUAGUUUCCGCGUCACCUUCAAAGGUAGCCCCACAUAGAGCGCAUGGCACUAGUCCAAGCGCGAGAUAACCAGAGCAUGCACCACUCUGGCCAGACAGUCCGCAGGCAGGGAGGGUCUCAUCCUGCGUACCAGAUGGAGCUGGUAAACAGCCGCCCUGGACACAGAACUGACCUGCGCCUCCAUGGACAGCUGUGAGUCCAGAAUGACUCCCAGGCUGCGCACCUGGUCCUUCGGGGGCACAGUUGCCCCAUUCAGGACCAGGGAGUCCUCCACACCUGCCCGCCUCCCGUACUUCUGUCUUGUCAGGAUUCAACCUCAAUCCAUUAGCCUCCAUCCAUCCUCCAACCACCGCCAGACACUCACACAGGACCUUCACCGCCUUCACUGGUUCUGAUUUGAAAGAGAGGUAGAGCUGGGUAUCAUCCGCAUACUGAUGAACACUCAGCCUAAUAAUAAUAAUAAUAAUAAUAAUAAUAAUAGUAAUUUAUUUAUACCCCGCCCAUCUGGCUGGGUUUCCCCAGCCACUCUGGGCGGCUUCCAACAAAACACUAAAAUGCAAUAACCUAUUAAACAUUAAAAGCUUCCCUAAACAGGGCUGCCUUCAGAUGUCUUCUAAAAGGUCUGGUAGUUAUUUUUCUCUUUGACAUCUGGUGGGAGGGAGUUCCACAGGGCGGGCACCACUAUAGAUGUUGAAAAGCAUGGGGAAGAGGACAGAACCCUGAGGCACCCCCCUUGGCUAGAUCGGGGCCGUAGAACUGCUGGGAGGGGACCCCCCCCCAAGAAGGGUCACCCAGACCAACCCCCUUUCGGAUCAGGAGUCGCAGCUACAGAACCACUGGCGAUGGGGGUCCACGCAGCCUCUUGCUUAAAACCUCCAGCGAAGGAGAGUCUGCCCCCUAGAAUUGUAGGUUGAAAGGGUUCCGGGUGCAGGUACUGCGCUUCCAGCACAGCUAGGUAUUUUUUUAAAAAUCGCAGCCUUCCUAAGUUAUUUCAAAGUCUUCUAUGUAUUCAGAGAAGCAGCGCUGCUUCCGGCUGAGCAGAGCCACUCCGGCUAGCAGCAUAGCUGUCAACUUUCCCCUUUUCUUGCGAGGAAUCCUAUUCGGAAUAAGGGAAUUUCGCUUAAAAAAAGGGAAACGUUGACAGCUUUGCCUAGUAGCCAUCGAGAGCCCUCUUCUCUUCCUCCUCCAUGGGUUUGUCUCAUCCUCUUCGGAAGCCCCCCAGGUCGGUGGCUGUCACUGUUUCCAGUGGACAUGAGUUCCGUAGGUCAACCACAUGCUUUCUUUCAUCUUCCCAACAUUUUCUUUUUCUUUUUGCAGACAUACGCUUUAAUAAGUAAUAAAGAGCAAAUGUCGUUAACAAUCAACUCUGAAAUCUCAUUAAUAAUAAUAAUAAUAAUAAUUUAUUUUUAUCCCAGCCGCAGCCGGGCUAACAUCAUAAAACUAACACAGUACACAAAGAACAUAAGAACAUAAAAACAGGCAGUCAAUCAUUAAAAUUUAUAAAUGUCAUGGCUCUGUAAACUUCUAAAAUAUGUUUAUUGAGUAAAAUUCCGUCUUGAUCACCCAUUUGGGGUUUUACUGUACCCCCCCUUCCUGAAAAUAAAUGCCAGAGAAAUCUACCAAUUAAACAAUGAGAGACUGAUAUAAUAAUAAUAAUAAUAAUUAAUAAUAAUAAUAAUUUAUACCCCGCCCAUCUGGCUGGGUUUCCCCAGCCACUCUGGGCGGCUUCCAAUGGAAUAUUAAAAUACAAUAACCUAUUAAACAUUAAAAGCUUCCCUAAACAGGGCUGCCUUCAGCCAUUAUCCUUCAUAGCCUCCAACUGAAAUAUUUCCCCCCCCCUCCAUCUUCCAAUAUUCAGCUGUGUGGGAUGCUCACAAGUUUGAAUCUUACAAGAGAGAGGGCAGAAAACGUCCCCCCAUCCCUUUUCUCCCUGCCGGGCAUAAUUUUGCAAACUUCCACAACGCCACCAUUUGUUCGCCUUUCCUCUAAACUCCUUUAAGCGUUUUCCUGCAAUUUUGGGAAACAGGUUAGCAUCUCCCCUACUCUGCCCAGCGAGGAAAAACAUCGGGUUUGGCUUCUUCCUUAACCACGGUGAUUUCCAAACCUCCCUGCAAGGCCUGGGGCAUGUUUGCUUUGCCUUAUCAGCCGCCAACCUGGCGGCGCACCUGCCGCGAGGCUCACCUGGCGGCACAACGCGGUCCGAAAUUACUCCUGGCGACGUACCCAGGUGUCCCAGUUUGCGGUCCCUGUGCUCUCCUCGUGCGGGGAGGAGAGGGACGUCGUCAUCCCGAGGCAGGCCAACAGAGCCACGGGUAGCUCAAUAUAGCCUGCACUGGCUGGCAGCAGGGGUGGCAGCUCGCCAGCGUGGGCGCAGUGCAGGACUGAAUCCUGCAACCUUCUCUGCAGGCCUAGGAAGCGCUCUGCUACUGAACUGCAGCCCUUGCCCAGCCAGACACUUGGGUUCCCCCUAGCGCAAUAUUGCAGACACUGGCCGGCAGCAGCUGUCCAGGGUUUCAGGCAAGGGGGUACCUGGAAAUGCUGUCGGGAAAUGAAGCAUGGGUGCCAGGCAGGUGUGCAGCCAAGUCUGGCUCUGCAUUUGGGCUGAGCUAGGGGCACAGCAGUUCUUCAUAUUCAUUUAUUCAAUUGCAAAUUAGAUCCCCUCUUUUUUCUACCCCAGGGAGCUCAGGUAGGUGCAGAAAUUUGUAAACUUAAAGCCCGGCACGGAUGGAAGAAAGUAUUCCUCCCUCUCGUGCGGCACUCGAACUCGUGGGCAUCUCACGAAACCCGAACGGGCAGAUAAAAAAGAACCACGCCGUUAACCUGCGGAACUCCCGCCCACAGCAAGCAGCCCCGGCCAGCAGCCCAGAUGGCUUUAGAAGACAAAUUUUUGGAGGUGCUGGAAGCUGCAGGGAGGAGGGGGGGGGUCUUGUGUUCGAAUCCUGAUUGCAGGCUUCCCACUGCGGGACCAGAGAGGCCGUUGGCCUGAUGCAGCAGGUUCUUCGUACGCGGUCCUCUCCCCCCUCAUUUAACCCCCACAACAACCCUGUGAGGCGGGCUAGUUGGGCAGGGGCCACCCAGUGAACUUCCUGGCUGAGGGGCGCGAUUUGAACCUGGUCUCUCUCCCAGGUUCUGGUCUGGCGCUCUAACCACUGCACCGCCGCUGCCUCUGGCAUUGCAAACGGUGGAGCUGGCCGUGGGUUGAAAAAUCUUGGCCAGCCUCCUUCCCCAUCUUAAUUUCAGGCCUCUGAUUUGGAGAGGUGUUUUCACAGCUGUGAAUGCUUAAGGUUUAAGUUAAGGCCACCUUGGCAGGGCCAAAAUCCCUGGACAGAAUUAGGGUGGGGGUCUCUCCUCGGAUGACCGGCAGAAGCAUUUGGGCUUCGGAGGUUGGAGUGGGAAAAUCCAUGCAGGAGUAGCACAAAAAGAGGCGUUUUCCUCCCUCUCUGAGGCCUUUGUGCUCUGCUUAGCAUGUGGAACUCCCCGACACAUGAUGUGGGGGUUAGUCACUGGCUUGCUUUGGGGGCUUUUAAAGGUGACUCAGGCCAAUCCCAUGGGCGUCUACCCAAGGCUGCUGCUUGCCACAACAGAUUGAUUAAUAAUUAUAAAUUAAUUGCUUUUGUAUUACUUCCUGCUUCAGAGGCAGCCCGCCACAGAAUACCAGUUGCCUUGGAGAAAUAUGGAGUGGGUAUAAUGGGGGACUGGGCUAAUAAUAACCUAAUAAUAAUAAUAAUAAUAAUAUAUUCAAUUUAUAUACUGCCCUUUAUUAAAAGAUCCCAGGUCGGUGUAAAACAUUAAGAACACAUUUUGCAGAGCGCCGUAAUAAAAAGCGUAACAGCAUAAUAAUAAAACAUAGUACACAUAAUGCAGCUUAAUAAUUAAAUAAUCAUAAUAACAGUCCCCCGCCCCCCCCAGCUCUAACAGGCCAUAGAUUAUUUCAUGGCCAAAGGCCAUUGAAGAGGAGGGGAAAAAAAAUUUUAUUGGUUUUUACAACAUUAUAAACAAACACAUAAGACAAACAAACAUAAAUCAUAGCCUUAUUGAAAAUUACACUUAUUAUCAUUGUUAAGUGACUUCCUCGCUUCCCCUUGGUUGAAUUUCAUUGCAUGUCCUUUUAACGGAUUUCCAAAUCACAGUUCUUAUAAAAUUUAACUUAAACAUUAACACCCUUAGAUCUUCACAUUAUGAAAUUAAACAUAUUAAUUCAUCCCUUAACAUAAAUAAAGUCCUAAGCCAAUUCAGUAUCUGCAAGCUGCUUUCAGUUAAUUUGAUUUAACAUAUUUAACUAAGUAAUCCUUAAAUUUAAUCCACUCUUCCUGAUACUCGUCCUCCUUCUGGUUGCGGACUCGGCCAGCUCCGAAAAAUCCAUCAUCUUCAUCUGCCAUUCUUCUGAAGAGAAAUGUUUUUGCCUGGUGUCUAAAUAUAUGUGACGAAGGCGCCACCACCGAAAAGGCCCUGUUCUCUUGUUGCCACCCUCUGGUGGGGAGGGGAUGUAGAAGAGUGCAGGGUCCGGGGUGCUAUGUAUGGGGAGAGGGGGUCCUUAAGGUACUGAGACCCUGAGCCACGUCAGGCUUUAAUCACCCAACCCCAUAUUCCCCCCCCCCACCUCUCCAGAGACAUAAUACAAACCCUUUCCUGCUUUUAAGAGAGAGGUGUCAGUUCUUAGAUUUCUUCAACAGCCUGCAGGAUCAGACCAAAGGGGUCCCCUUUAGACCAGCACCCUGUUCUCACAGCGGCCACCACCAGAUGCCCGUCAGGGGAAGCCCAAAAGCAGGAUUCGAACACAAGACCGACACUCUCCCUUCCUGCGGUUUCUAGGAACAAAUAUUCAGAAUGUAUGGCAGAGUGUAGCCAUUGCGGCCGGCGGCUAUCGAUAGCCCUCCCCUCUAGGAAUUUGCCCAGUCUUCUUUUACAGCCCUCCUGUGGGAGGGAGUUCCGUAGGCCAUGCGAAAAAGUACUUUUAUCUGCCCGAAAUCUCCCAUCGUUCGUUGUCUGUCCCCUCCUGCCCCCACCAGAUCAUUUCCAGAGCGCUCUAUACCCCGGGAUCUCUGCUGGCCCACAAAGGAGCAAGCCCCGCUUUUUAGCCUCGGUUUUCCCCAGCUGCAAAAUGGGCGCGUCUUGAGAGCCCAUUGCGGCAAGUGUGAGUUUCGUAGGUGGCUGCCCCCCCCCCUUCCCCAACCAAAGCAUCUGGUUGGGGAAAGGGUGGGGGCUGCACUCUAGGAAAGGGAGAAACCUAUUUGCAUGCUGCCCCCCCCCCCGGUUUUGGGGGCUUGAAGAGAAGACAUCCUCCCCCAUCUCCCCAAAUCCUCACCUGCCCUGUUAAAAUUCCUCUCUAUAUUUAUCUGCUUCCUCCGACAGCUGAGGCCGCCUUGCCGUCCCUGGAGAGCGGGGGGGGGGCAAGUUCUUUCCCCCCUUCCUUCCUUCCAUUCUUUCCUUCUCGCCUUCAUGGCAAGGGGGAGAGUUCCUGCACACCCCCCUCUCCAUCCUCUGCCACGCUGCCAAAGCUCAAGGCCCAGGGGAAAUCACUGGAGGAAGGGGCGGAGCAAGGUCUGCGAGGGGAGUGGCCUUGGAGAGGGUUCCGAGGGCCACAGAGAGAGGCCUGGGGGCCACAUCCAGUCUGCAGGCCACCACUGAUCCAGGGCUGCCCUUCUUUUCCUCUAAGCUGUUUUCCACUUGUUCCUUUUUUGGGGUGUGCCACAAAAGCUUCCUUCCUUACUUCCUUUUUCUUCCUUUCUUCCUUUCAUUAUCUUCCUUCCUUCCUUCGUCUUCCUUCCUCUUUAUUUUGCUCUUUUUCUUUAUCUCCCCCUUCCUUCCUUCCUUCCUUCCUUCCUUCCUUCCUUCCUUCCUUCCUUUUUCUUCCUUUCUUCCUUUCAUUAUCUUCCUUCCUUCCUUCCUUCCUUCCUUCCUUCCUUCCUUCCUUUAUCUUCCUUUAUCCUCCUUUUUCUUCCUUCUUCAUCCCUUCCUCUCUCUUCUUCCUCCCUCCCUCCCUCCCUCCCUCCCUCCCACAGUCAUACCUCUGGUUGCGAACAUGAUCCGUGGGGGAGGCACGUUCGCAACCCGCAGCCUGAAGUGCUACAUCUGCACAUGCGCGUAAUGCGAUUCAGAGCUUCUGCUCAUGACAUCAUUUUGCGUUUCUGUGCAUGUGCGAGCACCGAAACCUGGAAGUAACCCAUUCCGGUAAUUCCAGGUUCAGCGCGGUCCGCAACCCAAAAAUGCGCAACCCGCAGCAUUCAUAACUCGAGGUAUGACUGUAUUUCAUAUUCCUUCCUUCCUUCCUUCCUUCCUUCCUUUAUCUUCCUUUUCAUUCCUUCCUUCAUCUUCCUUCUUUCUUUCUUUCUUUUGUUCUUUUUCUUUAUCUCUUCCUUCCUUCCUUCCUUCAUCUUCCUUUAUCUUCCUUUUCCUUCCUUCAUCGUCCUUCCUCUUUCUUUCUUUCUUUCUUUCUUUCUCCCUCCCUCCCUCCCUCCUAUUUCAUAUUCCUUCCCUUCUUUUCCUUCCUUCCUUCAUCUUCCUCCCUCCCUCUUCCUUCCUUCCUUCUUUCCUUCAUCUUUUCCCCCCUUCCUUCCUUCCUCCCUCCCUCCCUCCCUCCCUCCCUCCCUCCCUCCCUCCCUCCCUUCCUCUUUCUUUCUCCCUCCCUCCCUCCUAUUUCAUAUUCCUUCCUUCCUUCCUUCCUCUUCCUUCCUUCCUUCCUUCCUUCCUUCCUUCCUUCCUUUCCCUCCCUCCCUCCUAUUUCAUAUUCCUUCCUUCCCACCAUCUCUUCUUCCAGCCCCCCCUCGCUGUCUCUCUGCCCCCCCCCCCCAGUUUCCAUCCUUAAACUUCAUCCCCUGGGAUGGUGACAGGGCCUCCCCUGCGCAGCCCUGGGGCUUUGUCGUUGAGAGAAAAGGCGAGUUCAGUGCAGCAAGAUAGAAGCUGAUGACAUUACGCAACGGACAGAGAAACGUCUCUUCCCUCUUCCCCACAAAACGAGAAUUCGUGGGCAUCCAGUGAAGCUGGGUUUGGGGAGAUUCAGGGCAGAGAAAAGAAAACUCCCUCUUAGACUGUGGAACUCCCUGCCACAAUCCAUGGAGGAGGAGAGGGCUACCAGUAGCCGGGAGUUCAAAUCCUGCUUGCGAGUUUCCCAGUUGAGGCCUCAGGGGGCCCCGAUCCUGAAGACUCCUAGGUUCUGAGGCUCUUUUCUCUUGAGCAGACCUGGCCCUCACAGCUCAGGGCCUUCUGGUUUUCCUUUUUUAAUGACACUGGAACCUUGUUCCCAAUCCGUCGGGCCCAGACUAUAAUUUUCAUACCAGGGAGAGCUUUGCUGCGGUCUCAUCCUGGCACGCACACACAACUCCCCCCCCUUUUUUUUUAGUAUUUUCCUUUUUUAUUCGUUGCUCCAGAAACUUGGCUUCUUGCUGGACGAGAGACGUAGUUAUGGGGACAAUGCUCUCUCUUACGGAGAUUUGGGGGGGGGGGUCUUGUGGGGCUGGGUUUGGAAAAGCGGAUUAAGAAUUAAGGACAGUAUUUAUACCCCAGCCAGAUGGGUGGGGUAUAAAUAAUAAAUUAUUAUUAUUAUUAUUAUUUAUUUCUAAGUGCCCUGUGGCUGCUGGGAAGCGCCUUGCGCUCUUGAGCUGGGGUCUCUUCCAAGGCCCCCUCUGCCAACGGGAAGGAAGGGACAGGGCCCCUCUGAGCAUGUGCAAAGUGUCUGGGGGGAAAAGCUGACCGGGAGGAAUAAUUCCCCUUAAACCUCUUUUUCGCCCCAUCUCUGGGUUCAUUUCUUUGGUUGACCUGGUGCCUGAAACAGAUUUAUUUUUUUCUCCUCCUCUCUCAUUUCAGAUUCCUGAUUCCGCCAGCAAGGAAGAUACGCGAACCGGCCUCCCUUGUCACCGACAUCAUUUUUCACGAUUGUUGGGAUUUUUUGCACUAUAGCAAUAUUGGCUUCUCUAUUUUUUCCACCCCUCGGCCCCAGUUCAUUGGACUUAAAGUGCCUUUUUUGGGGGGUGUUUACCCCCCCUUCCCCAUGGGAGAACUCUGGAAUUGUGCCCUAACCUGCUUGCCACCAAAGAUGUGUCUGUGUUUGUUGGUUGGUGCGUGUGUGGGGUUUUUUUUGGGGGGGGGGUUGUUUGUUUGGCCACCUCUGUAAGUCUGGGAAACGAAUUGCCCAAUUCGAUUCUGCAAGGUGGAGUUUCCCAACCUGGCGCCCUCCCGCAGCGUUGCGCUACAACUCCCUGGGAGUUAUAGCGCAAAGCCACGGGAGGACUGGGAAGAGCGUGCACCCCAGAACUUAUUUGCUUAACUUCGGAAAUACACACGUGUCGUCGUCCCCCUUGCAAAAAGAAAUGCUAAAGGGUACUGCUUUUUUUGCUUCAGAGGGAGCCGCCUUGAACCCGUGUCUCGCCUCCGUGUCGUUUGUGGCCACACGCCCCACCCGACCCAAGUGCCUGCGCCCCUCUGUCAAGACCCCCCCCCAAAUUGCUGCAGCAGUUUGCAGAGAGAUGGAAUAUUUUGGGGUUCCCCGAAACUCCCCUGGGCCCGUCUCGUAACGCCUCGCACUUCUUUGCUGUUGGGAACUGACGGCAUUAUUUGCUUCUCUCGUAUUUGGAAAUAAAAGAGAUUUUCAGAACUGGAAAA